AUGUUGGCCCCAACUCCACACCAGGCCAAGGCCUCAAGCUCGGCUAGCGAACUAUACCUCAGUCAAGCCCGUGCCAGUGGCAGCACCGAAGAUUGCAUGGCUCUAUACGAGAAAUGGGCAGCCUCAUAUGACGAUGAGGUUGGUGACAGUGCUCAAAACUAUGUUGCUCCCGUGCUUGUCGCUCAAGCCGCCAUCAAAUACGGACUCUCAAACGGCGCCUCAAACAGCGUGAUACUAGAUGCCGGUUGUGGGACUGGACUGGUGGGAGUGGCUCUUGCAAUGGCUAAUGCCAAGGCAAUCGACGGCCUUGACCUAUCUCCCGCCAUGCUGUCUGUCGCAAGAAAGACAGGCAUCUAUCGAGAUCUCACAGUUGCGGACAUGAAACGACCGAUUGGCAAGACAGACGGUACAUACGAUCUCGUGUCCUGCGUGGGAACUUUCACUCUCGGCCAUGUUGGACCAGACCCUGCUCUGCGAGAACUUGUGCGGGUCACUAAGACCAAGGGUGUCGUUGUCUCAACGAUCCUGGAAGAGAUCUGGGUGCCUGCGGGAUUCAAAGCUGAGGUCGAGAAGUUGGUGGCAGAGGGCCUGGUGAAGGUCGUCACUGAGGAACUUAUAGAUUAUGUAAAGGGACACGGCGACAAGGCAGUGUUGCUCAUUCUAGAGAAGAUUGAUCGAUCCUGA